AUGUCUCCCGCCGCCACCGCCACCACGUCUGAGCUCAUCUCAACGCUUCUCAAGACAGUCGAAGACCGCAUUGUCCCUCUCACCCAGCAGGGAGUGGCCUCCGGCUCAAAGGUAUUCGGCGCGGCCAUCCUGUCCCGCUCUACCCUCCGCCCGUUGACCGUGGCCACCAACAACGAACGGGUGUCUCCCCUGCUACACGGCGAGAUUAACUGCAUCCAGCAGUUCUUCACCGUCGACUACCAGGAUCCCACGGCGCGGCCUGAUCCACAGAAGGAUUGCAUCUUCUUUGCCACCCAUGAGCCGUGCAGUCUCUGCCUGAGCGGCAUUGCGUGGUCCGGCUUCAACGAGUUUUACUACCUCUUCACCUACGCGGACAGUAGGGAUCUGUUCUCCAUCCCCUACGACAUUGACAUUUUGGAGUCGGUCUUUAGGGUGCAGGGCGAGGAGACCGACGAGCAGGUUCACAAGAGGGCGCUGUACAAUAGGGCGAACAAGUUUUUCAGGGGACGAUCUGUGGAGGAUUUGCUGGACGAUUUACAGUCCGAGGCGGAGAGGGAGAUGUGGCGGCAGGAGAUUCAGAGAGUCAAGGACUUGUACAUUUCGUUGAGUGAGACGUAUCAGAAAGGAAAGGAGUCUGGUGCAGAGAGUUCCAGUGUGUGGAAGUAA